AGGUAUAUAUAUCGUGCAGGAAUCGAGAGCGUCGAAACACGAAGCGAGAUCAGAGACUGACUUUACGAAAAUCGAUCGGCGCUCAUCGUCGUCGGGUUAGCGACGCCUGCAAAGAGCGUGUCCAUUGCAACGACGCGGUUACGAGGAAGCACCGCUGGCCGGCUCCCUCUAUCUAUCUCUCUCUCUUUCUUUCUCUCUCUAUCUAUCUGUCUGUCUUUCUCCCUCGCUGUCUCUGUCUCUCUCCUCCCCUCCCCCCACCCUCCCCCGUCUUGUUCUCUGUCUUAUUCCCUCUUUCCUCGUCGGAGAACAACCCUCCAAAUGUCGAGAAAGCUUUCGCGUUCCCCGAAACGGACGGAACGUCCCUUCAAGUCGGUUCGCGAAACAGUGUGAGAGAAUGUGAAAAUCCGCGGCGAGCGUCCGGUGUGUCUGACGUUUUUUCGUUCCUUUCUCGUGACAAUCCGGGGCACACGGAUGUCGUCGGAGCUCCAGCAAGACACUACGAGCGACGGAAGAAGGAAGAGCGUGUACGUGUUCCUUCAGGGAAUUGCGGUGUAAAUGCGAGCACGUCCUGCUUCCAUCCUAGUGCAGAAGUUACUCGACGAAAUUCCUGUCGCUCUGGUUCACCCUGCGAUAGAGUCAGUGAUCUCCGCGCGGAGCGUGUGUGCUAGGGGGCCAUAAGAAUAAAAAGUGUCCUCCUCCCGAGUCGUUAUCGCCAUUGUCGCGAGCGUGUCUCUCUCGUGUUGGUUGUCUCUCUCUCGGCAAGUACCGGUGCUCCCACGGAACCCUCCACCGAACGUACGACAAUAAUUUUCGCGAUAACGUGUCGCUCCUACGUACGACCUACUAAACUUGAACCACGAUUCGUCGAGAAACCGUCGUCUCGGGGUUUCCCAAACCUCCUGAAGAAUCGAUGCAAGCGAACAAAUACGGAACGAGCUGAUUCUCGAAACGAAGACCGAAGAGGAGUUUCUCCUAAUAGAGAGAAACGCGCGAGAGAGAGAGAGAGAGAGAGAGAGAGAGAAUGCGAACGAGACGAACGUGAGGGAAAAGAUUGGUUUGUUCAACGCGACACCACGGUGUCGCCGAAUCUGCGAACGAUCUCUGGUUUCUCGAUGCACGCUUUAAACAGAGAAGAACGAACAAGGGGAAUUCGAGCGAGAGGUUCGUACGGCGGCAGAGUUAAUCGGUGAGCGUGUCCUGCGCCCUGAUCCUUUGUCAUUGCUCUGGACAGCAAGGGAGAGAGAGGUAGUGAGUGAGAGAGGGCAAGAGGAAAAGAGAGUCGAGACAUCGUACGUUCGUCGAAGGCAUCAUACAUAUAUAUAUAUAUACACAUAUAUAUACACGCACAUACACGCAUACACACACGAAAACGGCAGAGGUGGGAGGAGGCCGUCUACCUCUCGACGUGGAAUGAUAAUAAAGGAGAACCACGGGACGACAGAUCGGCACGGGGCGACAUUAUGCAAAAACCGGAUCUGAAUGUACCAAACUCACCCCUUAAACCGUUCCCUAUUGGGAUGGCGAUAGGGGCGCUCGCUGAUAUCGCGAUCAAGCUCAUCAUCAGCGGCUACAUACUCGCCGUGGUCGUGUACGUAAACGCCACCGGGAACUGGGAUAAGGACGAUGAUUUAGUCGCAACUUUCGAAGUUAGCGCUGUACUCGGACGCACCGCUAGACUGCCUUGUGACAUUGAACCGUCCACGCGGGAAGACCGCGUAUACAUGGUGCUCUGGUUUCGCGAUGACGCUGUGAAACCAAUUUACAGCUUCGACGUGCGAGGGAGAGCAUUCAGCAAAGCUCUGAACUGGUCGGACAGCACGGUAGUCGGGCCGAGGGCUUACUUCGUCACUAUGACGAAACCGGCUACCCUUUCGCUGGAAGCGGUUCAGCUGGACGACGAAGGGGUCUACCGCUGUAGAGUAGAUUUCAAGAACUCGCCCACGAAGAACUUCCAAGUGAAUCUCACAAUAAUAGUUCCACCUUAUCAGCUUUUAAUUUACGACAGUUCCGGCGUGGAAAUGGAUAACACCGCAGGACCGUUUCAAGUUGGCGUCGAGUUUAACCUCUCUUGCGAAGUAAGAGGAGGUAAACCGACACCGGUGGUCAGUUGGUUUGUCAACGAGAAGGAGGUGGACAGCAAGAAAGAAAUUGGAAAGAACCUAGUGGUCAGUAACUUGUCAGUACCUCAGUUGAGAAGGGAACAUCGUAACACGAAGUACACAUGUCGGGCCUGGAGCACAAACCUCAUACCUCCGUUAGAAAAGACUAUUCUCCUAGAUGUCUAUCUAAAACCAUUGUCGGUGAAGAUUCUGUCGAAACCGACGGUUCUAGAGACGGAGAAAGACUACUCCAUUACGUGUGAGACGACAGGGUCGCAUCCUCGAGCGCGAAUCACCUGGCUGGAGGGGAACGCCGUUUAUCACAAUGGCCAGGUGAUCGACGGUGGUAAUGCCUCGGUGGUCUUGAGCACGCUUAGAUUUUCACCGGUCCCCGACAAUCACGCGAAGAUCCUCAAGUGUCGGGGGGAGAAUCCAAAACUGCCAGACGCGUAUCUAGAAGAUUUCUUUCAAUUAAACGUAGUUUUUCCACCUAAAGUACAAUUACACCUGGGUAGUACCCUAAACGCGGAAAAAAUAAAGGAGGGGGACGACGUGUAUUUCGAGUGUAAGGUUCGGGCUAAUCCGGAACAUCACAAAAUCACGUGGAGGCACAACGACGCAGUGCUAACGCAAAAUUACUCGGCCGGGAUAAUCAUGAGUACCCAGAGCCUCGUGCUGCAAAAGAUUGGCCGAGACAACGCUGGGAAUUACACGUGUCUCGCGAGCAACGAUCGAGGUGAAACCACGAGCCCGGUAGUAACAUUACGAGUACAGUUCGCACCAGUCUGCAAAGCGAAAGAGGUGUCCAUCAUCGGAGCAUCGUUGGAAGAGUCGGUGAAGGUCCGAUGCGAGGUGGACGCCGAUCCCAACGAAGUUGAAUUCGUGUGGGAGUUCAACAACAGCGGCGAGAAUUUCGAGGUCGCACCGGCGAAGUUCGACGGUAACAACGGAACGAUGAGCGAACUCGUUUACACGCCAGUCUCCGAAAGAGAUUACGGGGCGCUGACAUGUUGGGGUAGGAACGUGAUAGGGAAGCAAGAAGCGCCUUGCAUCUAUCAAAUCAUCCCAGCAGUGAAGCCAAAUCCUCUGAACAAUUGUACGAUAAAGGCGUCCUUGAAUCAAAGUUCCGAGAUCCUGGAAGUGGAAUGCGUGCCAGGAUACGACGGUGGAUUGAGGCAAGAGUUUCGACUGGAGGCGUACGAGGUUCUCACGGGUAAUUUGAGGGUAAAUGCGUCGAGCGUGUCCGCGGACAUGCCGAUAUUUAGGAUCGCCGUGGCAGAUCUUCUUCCCGCGACGCAUUUUUAUCUCGUUACGUACGCGGUGAACGCGAAAGGGAGGAGCGAGGUGAGUCUGUUGGAAGAUAUAAUGCUGAGAGACUCCGAGAAGCACACAGACACCGGUGUAAGCAUGGUUCCACUCAUUCUGCUUCUUAUCGGUUGCCUAAUGGCAUUUGGCAUCACCGUACUCUCGGUGAUGCUGAUGAUGUACCGACGAAGAGGCACCACUUCUCCGGUUCAUAUUGAGCCUUACAUGAAACAACCGAUAAUCACCCCUCCGGACUCGAGGAAUAAUUCGAUGCUCGACGUUACGCACGGGGAUCAUACGUAUUUUGUCGAGUACACGUUGAAACAGGUGACCGAUUAUGCGCUCAACAAUCAGCCGGACAUCAUACAGUCGCCACAAGAUCAAGAAAAGAUAAAACGCGAACCACAAUUAUUUUUACCUGUACGACCAGACACGCUGUUUGCACCAUACGAUAUUCAUAAGCAAGGACUUCAAAGUAACAGAUGCAGUUUAAAUCCAUUCUCCACAAAGUCAUGGGAGCCUAUUAGUUUUAAAGCCGAUCGUAAUUUAAUGAAGGAGAUCAUCAUUGCCAACUCCAUACCCGGGCCAGAAAGUUGUGUGUAAAGAGUAUCUGAGAGAGAACGAAUGUGCGAAACAUAUCAAGAGGACCGACAUUUCAAAGCCUAAAAGAACAAUCGUACUGUAUAAUUGUUACGUUGGGUACCGGAGGAUGAACAUCAAACGAACUGCAACUAGUCUCCUCGUCGAGCUGGUUUAUACUGCCCGAAGAAGAAACGGCAUAGUACGAUCGUUACGACGCGUUACACUGCUUACAGGUCGAAUGUCUCAUCAUUGGAAAAAAAAAAAAACCUAUGGAACUGAAGGAAAAGCUAGAAAUCGUCAAGACUAGUUGCAUACUAACUAAACGCUACACGUGGUGUAUUAUUCCAAGUUUAAUAUAUUUUGUGUCAAGUCUUA